AUGCGGCGCGGAGCCCCCGGCCGCCCCCCAGCCCCGGAGCGGCGGCGGGAGGAGCGGCGGAGGCACAGGCAGAGGCAGAGCCGGAGCGUCCCCGCCGCCGCCGCCGAGCCGCGCCAGGUGUUCCAGGUGCUGGAGGAGCAGCCGCCCGGCACCUGGGUGGGCACCAUCGCCACCCGGCCCGGCUUCACCUACCGCCUGAGCGAGCACCACGACCUGUUCGCUAUCAACGCCACCUCGGGCGCCCUGCACACCCGCGCCACCAUCGACCGCGAGAGCCUGGCCAGCGACGUGGUGGACCUGGUGGUGCUCUCCAGCCAGCCCACCUACCCCAGCGAGGUGCGCGUCCUGGUGCUCGACCUCAACGACAACGCGCCCGUCUUCCCCGACCCCUCCAUCGUGGUGACUUUCAAGGAGGAUACGGGCAGCGGGCGCCAGCUUAUCCUGGACACAGCCACCGAUGCUGACAGUGGCACCAACGGUGUAGACCACGGCUCCUAUCGGAUUGUGGCCGGCAAUGAGGAGGGCCGCUUCCGCCUCAACAUCACCCUCAACCCCAGCGGUGAAGGAGCUUUCUUGCACCUGGUGUCCCGUGGAGGGCUGGACCGGGAGGCCACCCCCACCUACCAGCUGUUGGUGCAGGUGGAGGACAAGGGCGAGCCCCGUCGGCGAGGGUACCUUCAGGUCAACGUCACCGUCCAGGACAUCAAUGACAACCCCCCCAUCUUCAGCCAGACGCUUUACCAGGCACGAGUGCCUGAGGAUGCGCCUGUUGGGGCCAGCGUUCUCCAGGUCACUGCAGCUGAUGCCGAUGAAGGCACCAAUGCGGACAUCCGCUACCGCCUGGAAGGAGGUGAUGGCAGUGGCAGUGGUGGUGGGGAUGGGGCUGGCGGCCUCCCGUUUGAGGUGGACCCCGAGAGCGGGGUGAUCCGUAUCCGUGAGCACCUGGACUAUGAGGUGCGACAGGAGUACUCGCUGACGGUCCAGGCCAUGGACCGAGGGGUGCCGGCGCUGAGCGGCCGGGCCGAGGCCCUCAUCCGCCUGCUCGAUGUCAACGACAACGAGCCCCGGGUGAAGUUCCGCUACUUCCCGGCCACCUCCCGGUUUGCCUCUGUGGAUGAGAAUGCAGCCCCUGGCACCGUGGUGGCCCUGCUGACGGUGAGCGAUGCCGACUCCCCCGCAGCCAACGGGAACAUCUCCGUGUCGAUCCUGGCGGGAAACGAGCAGCGGCACUUUGAGGUACACAGCAGUAAGGUACCCAACCUCAGCCUUAUAAAGGUAGCGGCCGCGUUGGACCGGGAACGCAUCCCGGCCUAUAACCUUACCGUGGCAGUGGCAGAUAACUACGGGGCCCCACCGCCACCUCCAGGCUCUCCCACUUCUGUCUUUUCUCCUGACGGGGCCGUGGCAGCUCCCGUGAGCCGCUCCUCGGUAGCCAGCCUGGUGAUCUUUGUGAAUGACAUUAAUGACCACCCACCUGUCUUCGGGCAGUCUGUCUACAGCGUAAACAUCAGUGAGGAGGUGCCCCUGGGCAGUUAUGUGCGGGGCCUGAGUGCCACGGACCGUGACUCGGGCCUCAAUGCCAACCUCAAGUACAGCAUCGUCUCAGGCAAUGAGCUCGGCUGGUUUCGCAUCAGCGAGCACAGUGGGCUGGUCACCACGGCUGGCCCCGAGGGCGGCACUGCCGGACAUGCUGCAGGCACAUCCAUCUCCAGCAGGCUGGACCGGGAGACUGCUUCUCAGGUGGUGCUUAACAUCAGUGCCCGUGACCAGGGGGUGCAGCCCAAGUUCUCCUACGCACAGCUUGUGGUGACCAUCCUGGAUGUCAAUGACAACAAACCUCGCUUCAGUCAACCCGAGGGCUACCAAGUGUCCCUGGCUGAAAACUCCCCAUCAGGAACUGAGCUGCUUGUCCUGAGUGCUGCUGAUGGGGACCUGGGGGACAAUGGGACUGUCCGCUUCUCCCUGCAGGAAGCUGAACCAGCACUGGUAGUGGUUGGCCCCUCCUCUGUAACCCCUCGCCAGUUUUUUCGCUUGGAUCCUGUUUCGGGCAAGCUCAGCACCAUCUCGCAGCUGGACCGUGAGGAGCAGUCUUACUUCUCCCUGCAGGUCUUGGCCACUGAUUUAGGCUCUCCUCCCCUUUCCUCAGUAGCCCGAGUUAAUGUGACCGUCCUGGAUGUGAAUGACAACAGCCCUGUGUUUUACCCCGUUCAGUAUUUUGCCCAUAUCCAAGAGAAUGAACCAGCUGGAACCUACGUGACCACGGUGUCUGCCACAGAUCCUGAUCUGGGGCCCAAUGGGACAGUCAAGUACAGCAUCUCAGCUGGAGAUACCUCCAGGUUUCAGGUCCAUGGCCAGACAGGGGUCAUCACAACAAAAAUAGCCCUCGACAGGGAGGAGAAAACUGCUUACCAGCUGCAGAUUGUGGCCACUGACGGUGGCCAUCUUCAGUCGCAGAACCAAGCCAUUGUCACCAUCACUGUCCUGGACACCCAGGACAACCCACCUGUUUUCAGCCAGGGCACGUACAGUUUUGUUGUCUUUGAAAACGUUGCCCUGGGUUACCACGUAGGUACUGUUUUUGCUUCCACCAUGGACCUCAACACUAACAUCAGUUACCUUAUUACGACAGGUGACCAAAGGGGCAUGUUUGCCAUCAACAGAGCAACGGGGCAGAUCACCACAGCCAGUAUUAUUGACAGGGAGGAGCAAGCGUUUUACCAGCUGAAGGUGGUUGCUAGUGGCGGGGCGGUAACUGGCGAUGCUGUGGUCAAUAUAACUGUCAAAGAUUUAAAUGACAAUUCCCCACACUUUAUUCAUGCUGUGGAAAGUGUAAAUGUGGUUGAAAACUGGAAAGCUGGGCACACCAUAUUCCAGGCCAAAGCUCUUGAUCCUGAUGAAGGUGUUAACGGCGUGGUCCUUUACAGCCUUAAGCAAAACCCAAAGGGCUUGUUUUCAAUCAAUGAACAAACCGGUGCCAUAAGCUUAACGGGGCCACUUGACAUAAAUGCUGGGUCUUACCAGGUUGAAAUUCAGGCCUCGGAUAUGGGGGUGCCGCAGCUGUCCUCUAACUUUAUCCUGACUGUCUCUGUCCAUGAUGUAAAUGAUAACCCGCCUGUGUUCGACCAGCUUUCCUAUGAAAUUACUAUUUUGGAGUCAGAGCCUGUGAAUUCCAGGUUCUUUAAGGUACAGGCUUCUGACAAAGACUCGGGAGUGAACGGUGAAAUAGCUUACAGUAUAAUUGAAGGAAAUGCUGGGGAUGCCUUUGGCAUAUUCCCAGAUGGUCAGCUGUAUAUAAAAAGUGAACUGGACCGUGAACUUCAGGAAAGAUAUAUUUUGCUGGUUGUUGCCUCUGAUAGAGCAGUAGAACCACUCAAUGCUACUGUGAAUGUUACUGUGAUUCUGGAGGAUGUAAAUGACAACAGGCCCCUGUUCAAUAGUACCAACUACGUGUUUUAUUUUGAAGAGGAGCAGACAGGUGGAUCAUAUGUAGGUAAAAUAAAUGCUGUAGAUAAAGACUUUGGGCCAAAUGGUGAGGUCAGGUAUUCCUUUGAGCAUUUGCAGCCAGAUUUUGAGCUGAACACAGUAACUGGGGAAAUCAGAAGCACUCAUCAGUUUGACAGAGAAGCUCUUAUGAGACAGAGGGGAGCUGCAGUAUUUAGUCUCACAGUAAUAGCAACGGAUCAGGGGUUGCCAAAGCCUCUAAAGGAUCAGGCAACUGUACAGAUCUACAUGAAAGACAUCAAUGAUAAUGCCCCCAAAUUUUUGAAAGAUCUCUACCAAGCUACUAUAUCAGAAUCGGCAGCAAAUCUGACACAGGUGCUAAGAGUUUCUGCCUCAGAUGUUGAUGAAGGGGUUAAUGGAUUGAUUCACUACUCUGUAAUCAAGGGAAAUGAAGAAAAUCAGUUUGCAAUAGAUAGUAGCACAGGCCAAGUGACCUUAAUAGGCAAACUCGAUCAUGAGGCUACUGCAUCAUAUUCCCUUGUCAUCCAAGCAGUAGACUCUGGAGCGGUGUCCCUGAGUUCAACUUGCAUGUUGAGCAUUGAUGUAUUGGAUGAAAAUGACAACAGUCCUUCCUUCCCUAAAUCAACCUUGUUAGUGGAUGUCUUGGAAAAUAUGAGGGUUGGUGAACUUGUGUCAUCUGUCACUGCCACUGAUUCUGAUUCAGGUGACAAUGCUGACCUGCACUAUAGCAUUACAGGGACGAACAACCACGGGACCUUUAGCAUCAGUCCCAACACCGGUAGUAUUUUUCUUGCAAAGAAGCUGGACUUUGAGACCCAGUCUCUGUAUAAGCUAAAUAUAACAGCAAAAGACCAAGGGAGACCACCGCGGUCAUCUACCAUGUCUGUGGUGAUACAUGUUAGAGAUUUCAAUGAUAAUCCUCCCAAUUUUCCUCCGGGAGACAUCUUUAAAUCGAUUGUUGAGAAUGUUCCUGUUGGUAGCUCUGUCAUUUCUGUGACUGCCCAUGAUCCGGAUGCAGAUAUUAACGGGCAGCUGACGUAUGCAAUCAUUCAGCAGAUGCCAAGGGGUAAUCACUUCCGUAUAGAUGAAGUGAGAGGGACAAUAUUUACCAACGCUGAAAUAGAUCGAGAGUUUGCUAAUCUUUUUGAGUUGACAGUCAAAGCCACCGAUCAGGCCGUUCCCGUGGAGUCCAGGCGGUUCGCUCUGAAGAACGUGACCAUUUUGGUGACGGACCAAAAUGACAAUGUUCCCGUGUUCGUGUCACAAAAUGCGCUCGCAGCCGACCCUUCGGUUGUGAUCGGCUCCAUCCUAACAACAAUUAUUGCUGCGGAUCCUGACGAGGGCGCCAAUGGAGAAGUGGAGUAUGAAAUAGUCAAUGGAGAUACUGAGACCUUCAUUGUGGAUCGCUACAGUGGAGACUUAAGAGUAGCAUCAGCUCUGGUGCCUUCUCAGCUCAUAUACAAUCUCAUAGUUUCUGCCACAGAUCUUGGCCCUGAAAGGAGAAAAUCUACCACUGAAAUGACUAUAAUUCUGCAGGGGGUUGACGGGCCUGUUUUCACUCAGCCAAAAUACAUAACCAUCCUAAAAGAAGGCGAGCCCAUCGGGACAAAUGUGAUAUCUAUCGAAGCGGCGAGUCCGCGGGGCUCCGAAGCUCAGGUGGAAUAUUACAUCGUGUCCGUUCGAUGCGAAGAUAAGAGCCUUGGGCGCCUCUUCACCAUCGGGCGCCAUACUGGGGUCAUCCAGACCGCUGCCAUUUUGGACAGGGAGCAAGGAGCGCGCCUCUACUUGGUGGAUGUUUAUGCCAUUGAAAAGUCGUCGGUUUUGCCCCGCACGCAACGAGCAGAGGUCCUUGCUGGCCCUGGGAGUGAGGUGGAGGUGCUCAAACCUUUCUAG